AGGGAAUCCCGCCACUGCAGCAACCCUGCUGAACGGACUCAGUGGUCACUUUUUUCCUGUCGCGCGAAAUUCCGCGAAAAGAACACGUCCGCGAAAUGCUCGUCAACUGUCAACAACGAACUGCGUCGCGUUCGGAUCCAGAAGCCAUUGGUACAAGACGGUCGAGCCAUCAUGGCAAAUCGUCGCCUUUUCGUCGUCCUUUCCGUGUUGUGCGCUCUCGCCGCCGUUCCCACUGCUACCUCCACCUAUGACUCUCCAGCAUCCGCCACCCUGUCUGACGUGCCAAUAGGACUUUCUGACGCGAUUCCGGAAGGUCAUGAUGACGCAGUUCGUUUUCUACCGGAAGCCGUGUCAUCUCAAUCUGAGCCCGUUUCAUCUCAGCCUGAGGCCGUUUCAUCUCCAUCGGAGCUUGUUUCAUCUCGAGUCACGGCCGUUUCACAGUGGGAUGCGUUCGAAACGGAGCUCAGGCAAUUCGGUGGAGAUGAUCCCAUUGUAGAGGUCAACGCCACCACUCUCAACCGCCUCUUUGAGCUUCUCACCGCUUCCAACCCCACAGCACUCACCUCUUCUCCCCCCUCUUCUCCCUCCUCGUCUCCCGCCUCUACCCCUUCUUCUCCCUCGUCCUCCUCCCCCUCCGCAACCCCUCCGCUCGCACUUCCCUUCUCCCUUCCGCCCACCUCCGCACCUCCUGCCACAUCCCCCCCCUCAACCUUAGACUCCGAGCACACCCCCAAUGAUCUCCCCCAUACCUGCCCUAGCCACACCGGUCCCCAAGGAAAAUGCAACAGCAAGAGUAACUCUGUAACCAGCACCAGCACCACCACGAGCACCACCAGCAGCACUAGCAGCACCGUCAGCAGCAGCACCAGCGGCAGCAAGAGCAGCAGCAGCGGCAGCAAGAGCGGUGUGACCCAUCAUGGUUCGGCGGUGUGCCGUGCAGCGUGUGUGCUGGUGUACACCGACUGGUGCCCCUUCUCCUCACAGCUGCGCGUGCUGCUGGGAGCCUCUGCGCCGCUCUUCCCCCACAUGCUGCUCGUCGCCAUCGACAAGAAGGAGCUCAGACCCAGCGUUCUGUCCCGCAUGGGCGUGUACAGUGUCCCUGCGCUGUUCCUCCAGAACUCCACCACUCGGAUUCGGUACCGAGGCCCACGCACCGCAGCACACCUCUCCGAAUACAUCUCGGCAUUCACUCGAUGUCCCACGAGUUCCCCUUUCUCUCCCCUGCAGCCCUCCCCCAACCCCUUCUCCUCAGACUCCUCUCCCCUCAGCCUCUGGUUUGGGUGGGACCAACCCUCCUCCUCCGUUCCCUGGGGCUCCAAGCGCCCUGGACCUGCCUCGCCUCCCAUUGCUGCCGACUCAUCACAAGCGGGUACUGACUCAUCCAAAGCUGUUGGUGAGUCAUCACAAGCUGGCGCCGCCAACACAGGCACAGGGGUGGAACGAGGAGCGAGGAAUCAGGUACAAUCAACGGGUAAAGACGAUCCUUAUUCCCACGGGGUGGCAUCGAUUGUCCACAUGUGCCCAUACAUGGCAGCCCGGGACGACUCGAGGCGUCAAACCAGGCAUCUCAAGCAGCAGCGGUGGUGGCAACAGGGGGAAGAAUCAGGAGGGAGUGAGGGUGAAAGAGGCACCAGAGGGGUGGGGAGGGGGAGGUUUGUGUGCCCGUAUGCGUGGGCUAUUCGGCCAGAGUCUCUCCUCUCGGAGUCCUUCUGCCUGUGGUUCUCUGGAGUGUUUCUCAUGGGGCGAUGCCUGGUGUGGCUUGUGAAAGGGAGGGGGCUGGGGAGGGGAGGGACAGGGCAUGCUGGAGUCGAGGGGCACAUGGAGGGAGGGCCACAGGUGCAGCCAGAGCAGCAGAGAGAGCGGCCGGACCAAUAGCAGAACCAUGCUGUACUGUGUGCCAACUUCAAUGGUAGGUGUUUAACACUGGCCUGGACUAUGGUAUGACUCUGCAGACUUGCGGCAUGGGUGUCGGGAGGAGAAGGCUAGAUGAGAAUUAUGCACACAGAAUUUGGGGGGUGAAGUCACGGUUCAUAAUUUUGACUACAUGUAGGAGUGGAAGUGUAUAGGGUUGUAGAAGUUGUGAUAUGUCAAAUAUUUUGCAUGUGUGCACUCUCAUCUCGUAGGUAUUGGUUUUGUACACCGUGGUUGAUCCCAUCCCCCUUGAAAUCUAUUUCAUCUCCUUCACU